CAUAUUUACUUAUGCGCACGCGUAAUAAACACACACAUACACGCGCGCUCCGUGCAUACACGCCCCGUGAAAGAAACGAAAACGAAGAAGUAGUGUAUAGUAAUCAUCAAUUAUGCUUUUAACAACUGUAAUUGAGUUUUAACAAGAGAACCAUGUGUGACAACGUGAACAACAAUCCAUUUGCUGGGUUGUUUUCAACCAUUAAUGAUGCCGUGUCAUUUUCAUCUCAGAAUCAGACGAUUAUCAACGAAAGUAACAGCGUUAAUUAUAUUCCGCAACUUGAGGAUAAAAAUGUUGACAACACUAAGGAAAUAACAAAUUUUCAAGAUUCCAAAGAUUUCAGAAACGAUAGCCAAGUUAAUCGUCUUCUCGGUGAUAUAUUUGGAAUAACAUUACAUAUAAUAAAAUCGAAUGAAGAACAAAAACGUAAAUUAGUUUUUGUUAAUGUUGAUUCGAUCGAACAAGCAGUUUUUGAGCGAUUAAUGCUGUCCGACCUUGAAUCUAAAUUAGUACCUGUUGGAAAUUCCCAAGAUACUGUAAAUGAUUCUCACACAUUAGAAAAACUAGUAAUGUAUUAUUUAUUUGAAAGCUAUUGUCGAUUACAGCGAUAUCAAAAUAAAAUAGAAUGUUCUGAUAUUAUUCAGAAAAUACGUCAGGUUAUUUUACAAAAUGCAGCUGUUGCAUUGCAAGAACCAAAAUUGUUCGAGGAACAAGAGAUUCACAAUCAGUUUAUCGCGUUAUGCAUGGAUGAAACAAGGCCAAAAUUAGAACUGAUGUCAUUUACAAACGGUAUCGUGUCCGAACUGCAAGCAGAAAAUGAAAAGAAUGCUUCAGAUGCGAUCGUUGCAUCUUUUACUCCUAUUCUUGAUAUAAUUUUUAAAGAAGCAGCACAGAGCAACCUUGUUUUUUUCCGCCAGUACUGGUUUACCAUAUUAAAUCUCUUUUCUGCGAUAGAACCUCUAGCAAAAUUAGUUAUCGAGCAUAGUACACCUAAAAGCAAUCAAGGCAGAGCUUAUGCAGACACGUUAUUGGGUUCCCUUCUUAGUUUGAGUUGUUUACCAAAAGCAAUAGGAGAACCAUUUUACUUUUUUGAUAAACCAUUGCAACAGUCUUCAACUACCGUCGAGGGUAACAUUUGGACUGCUUUGGAUGCACUGAACGAAUCCUUACAAAAAGUUUUUCAUUUAUUGUUAAAGUGCUCAAUCGAAGUCCGGCAUUUAACUUUACAAUGGAUAGGCGAUUGUCUUCAUUCGAAUGCAAAUAGAGGAAAACUUUGGAAUGCCCAAAAUGAUGUGGUUUUUAGUACAAUGUUGUGUGUCUCUGAUGGUUUUAUGUUAAAUUUAGGAAACGUGUUAUUACGACUUUGUCAACCAUUCUGUAUUAAACAAAACGAAUUCAAAGUGCCUAAAAUUGAUCCAACAUACUGUGCAGCAGAGGUGAACAAUGAAAACGAAUGUGCAGAUCAGAUUAUACAUUUGAAAGGAAUGUCUUCAGAAACUUGUUUGAUACCAACAUCGGAAAGUGGUGCUAAACCAGUCGCAAAAACUUUCGGUUUCAUUACCGAAUGUUUUUUUUUAACUCAUAGAGCUCUCGAUCUUGGUUAUAGAGUAGUAUUGGACAAAUUUUUAAGAACAAAUCAAAGUUUAGUUAGAAUACAAAGAGUAUAUCAGGAUGCUCAGAGUGGCGGCAGGUCAGAGGUAUUAGAAACGAUAACAGAGCGCAUGGAAGAGGAAAUGACCAAGUAUUUAUCUCUAAGAGCAAGUCUUUUGGUGCCCGAGAUGCUAAAACUUUUGGCCAAGUUCCAUGCGACAACAGCAUUCUGGUUGGUGCAAGUGUACUUGGACGAUGUAAGAAUCGGAGAAACUGAACCGAGCGAUUACAUUCCAAAGGAAUGUAAAGUAGUAACAUUUCCUUUACCAGAAACUGUCCCAGACACGUUAAGAUGCAUUCCUGAAUUUGUGGUUGAAAAUACUAUUAGGUUUUUAUAUAUUUUGUGCCGUCUAAAUCCAAAUGUUUUCGAAGAACAAGGUCCUUCUUUUUUAACACCAAUAUUGACAGAGAUUAUAGUAUUAAUGGAGUCUCAACAACGUUUAUACAACCCUCAUUUACGCGCUCGUUUGGCCGAAGGUUUAGAAGCGCUUCUACCUACGACUGAUGAAACGAUGAAACCCAUAACACCGAGUUUGGGAAAAUUUCAUAGAGAACAAUUAUUUAUUACGCAUCCAUAUAGGCAACAUAUCGUUUCGAAUUUACUUAAAGUGUUUGUAAGCAUCGAAAUGACCGGACAAAGUGUGCAAUUCGAACAAAAAUUCAAUUAUCGACGACCAAUGUAUGUUGUUAUGGAAUAUUUGUGGAAACUACCAGAACAUCGAAAUAACUUUAUUAGCUUAGCUGAAGAAGCGGAAGCCAAUAUGGAAGCAGCUCAACCUCCAUUAUUUUUGCGUUUUAUAAACCUUUUGAUGAACGAUGCAGUGUUCUUGUUAGACGAGGCACUUUCAAGUAUGGCUCAAUUGAGGCAGUUAAUUCAAGCAAGGGAAAGUGGAGAGUGGAAUAAGUUACCACAACACGAACGUGACCAACAGGCUCAUUAUCUUUUACAUCUUGGAAUGACUGCUCGAUUUAACAACAUAUUAGGUAGAAAAACUAUAUAUACGUUAAAAAUGUUAACUACAGAGAUAAAAUCGAUCUUUUGUCAUCCGACUAUGGUAGAUCGUAUUGCUUCGAUGCUUAAUUAUUUACUACUUCAAUUGGUUGGACCAAAUAAAAAAAAUCUAAAGGUGAAUGGUCAGAAAGAAUAUGCAUUUAAUCCUGCAAAUUUGGUACUAAAUAUAUGUGAAAUUUAUAUAAAUUUGAGUCAAAAUAAAUCUUUUACACUGGCUGUUUCACAAGAUGGUCGGUCAUACAGCCCUGAACUAUUUAAAUUAGCCGACAAAGUUCUGGUUCAUAUCGGUGGCGUGGGAAUGUUGGGAGAUUUGGAUCAGUUUGCAAAUAAUGUAGAGGCAGCUGCAAAUGAUAAAAAAGAAGAAGAUGAAAUUUUAAUCGAUGCCCCUGACGAAUUUCUUGACCCAAUUAUGUCGACUUUAAUGAUCGAUCCUGUCAUUCUUCCAUCGUCAGGAAUAACUAUCGAUCGUCAAACUAUAGCGAGGCAUCUACUUAGCGAUCAAACAGAUCCGUUCAAUCGUUCUCCCUUAACUAUGGAUAUGGUGAAAUCUAACAUUGAACUUCAACGUAGAGUUCAAGAAUGGAUACAGGAAAAGAAACAAGAAAAGGCAAGAAGUCGUCAUUGAUCGUCGAAGAGUUGACGAAUUCGAUGAUACGAAGAACAAAGUACUACAUAUAAUCUAUGGCAGACUCGAUGUUUUAUGUUGAUUUGUUGAAAUUUUGUUGUUUCCUAAUAUGUAUACAGAGGUACAUACAUAUUUUUGUACAAAAAUUCUCAUAGGGUAUGUAGAGAUACCGAUUUUGUGCUAUAAUUACAUAUUACCAUUCUACACAGUUUUUGACAUUGCAUUUUAUGCAAAUGUCUUAUACAUAAUAGCCUGUGUAACAAUGUAAGCAAAGAGCUAAACAUUGCUGUUACUGUAUGAUAAGUGUAUAAAGUACUUGUUAUAAAGUUUCUUAUAUUUAAUUUGAGAAAGGUGAAUGUUACAAGUGGAUACGAAAUAAAAUUAAUUCGAAGACAUGGAAGGGCGCGUAGAUUGAAAUUUGAUAGAUUAUUAAAAUGUUUAAGGCGAAAUUUUGAAUAGGAAAAGCAUUAGUAAAGAUUUCGACAACUUUGAUACGCUGUGUUAUUGUUAAGACAUUUUUAUCGAUUAUCGUUAAUGGAAAAUUCCUAUUGCAAAAUUUUAUUUAAGGCGAAAAAAAGAAAAAAAGUCAUACUGUUUGCGUUUCCAAAAUAUUUACAAGUUCAUCGAAAUUGGUAAUAAACCAAGAAGAUUUCGACUUGA